AUGGCUUCAUCUUUAGUAUUUUACUUGAGUGAAGAAGGAAGCACGGAUAGUGAAGACGAGGAAUAUGUUGAGUCUUCUACGGAUACAGAUUCCAUAGGGUCAUUAAGUCUUGACAUAGAAGAGGAUAUGUUUAUAGAUGCCCGAUUUGAGGAAGAUGUUGACACAAUCUACCCUGCUGGAGGAAAUGUGUUUGAAAUAAGAAAUGGAUACGAUGCAUAUAAGGUUGACUUAAAUGCACACUAUUGUAGUUGCAAGCUAUGGCAAUUAUCCGACAUUCCUUGUGUACAUGCUGGUGCAUCAUUGAACUACUGUCACAUUGAUCCUGAAGAUUAUUUGAGUACAUGGUUUAGUAAGGAUAAAUUCAUAGCAGCAUAUACCAAGACAAUCGAUCCCAUGAAUGGAAGUAAAAUGCGGCCAAAAACACCUUACGAAAAGACUUUGCCACCAAAAGAAAUGAGGAUGCCAGGCAGACCUACUAUUAAAAGGAAGAGACAUGAGACUGAAAACAAAUCCAAGUAUCCAACUGUUUCAAAUGCGGGGAGGCCAAAAACUUGUCGUAACUGUUUACAAAUUGGCCAUAAUGCUAGAACAUGCAAGAAUGAGAAACAACUACCCCCUCCCAAGCCAAAAAGGCCGACCGGAAGGCCUAGAAAUGACGAUUUUGAUGAUCGUACAAAAGGUGGAAGAGGAAGUAGAGGAGGUGGAAGAGGACGUAGAGAAGGAAAUAGAGGACGAGCUGGAAAUAGAGGAGGAGGUGUGAGAGUUAUAAUAAAUGACGAUGAUGAUUUUGUGGAUCGUUAUAUGGAAAAUGAAAACGAACAGGUUAUUUAUGAUGAUGAAGGAGUGCCUAACAGUCAAACACAAACUUGUGUCCAUGAGACGCAAUAUGAUGCAGAUGGUGAUCUUCAAGAGGUUCCGGUGAGAGAUGAGGAAGAUUUUGAAGAUUUUUGGAACAUCAUACCAAACGAGUACUGGAACUAUGAAAACAAGAAAGAUUGA